AUGGACGCAACAACAUCGUUCAACCACCUCCCAGUGGAAAUUCAAGAAAAAAUCACACCCUCUCUCAACCGUCGCGACCUGGCAGCCUGUGUCCGAGUAUGCCGAUCCUGGAGGAGACUUUUCCACUACCUACUCUGGAGCCAUAUCGACCUUUUCUGGCACGAGGACGACAAGGCGUGGCAGAAAAGAGUUUGUCUCGGAUUGAAAACCAACAAAGAGUUUAUCAAAUCACUCAAGCUGACACUGGACGCCGACGACCUCCUUCCUUUGUUUCUGAAGCAAUGCCCAGUCCCCUUUCCGAACCUGACGUCGUUAGAACUCGUGGCCCCGUUCCAGGAAGACUUUGAUGUGGAGUGGGCGGCAGGACUCAUCAACAUCACCACGGGCGAUUGGAAGCGGAUUGUAUUCCGCAAGAUCAAGGAACGCAUUGACCCCGUCGCAUUGGACCAGAGCCUGUUCGAGGAAUUUCUCCAACACGCUGCGCCAACUCUGGAGGUCUUUCGCAUCUAUGAUGUGUCGUUGGUCUCAAUGGAGGAUGUCGCCGCACUGCUCUACACAGCACCAAACCUCAAGGAGCUUUACAUAUCUGGAGGUGCGGACAAGACGCCCCACAACUGGCUGGCCACCAACGAGUGUUCAGAAGAGUGGGCUUGCUUGAAUCUUGAGGUCUUUGGCUGCCGUAUUGGAGGGGUCCCGCGGUCGGAUAUCGACAUCCGCGAUGGACCUGCACUCAAUUGUAUCAUAUAUGGAACUACUCAACAUAGCAUCAAAACCCAGCGCGAAGUGUACGCCAGUCUCGCCCGUUUCACAAAGCUGCGGGAGCUCACACUGGGGUUUCCACUUCAUCCUGACAUCGACGAUGAGUACGCUGAGUUCUACCGGCAAUACGACUGUCUCGCCAUGACAUUGGAUAGCGGGUUGGAUCUGUUGAAGGGGCUUAAGGAUCUGCAGCUGGUUGGACUGAUGGACAUGGAGGUUUACAUUAAGGGUGAGAAGGAACAGGCUUGGUUUGCUGAGAACUGGCCUCAUGCGACGAUCAGUACUACGGACAGAGCGGAUUUCUACUAUAGCGACGAUAGCAUCAAUAAUAACAAUAGCGACGACAGCGACGAUAGCGACGAUGGCAAUGAUAACAACAAUAGCAGUGAUAGCGCCGACAGCAGUGAUAGCGCCGACAGCAGUGAUAGCGCCGACAGCAGUGAUAGCGACGACAGCAGUGAUAGCGACGACAGCAGUGAUAGCGACGACAGCAGUGAUAGUGACGACAGCAGUGAUAGUGACGACAGCAGUGCUAGCGACGACAGCAGUGAUAGCGAUGAUAGCGACGACAGCAAUGAUAGCGACGGCCGACAGCAAUGA